AUGUUGCUGGAACUUCUAUGGGGUUUUUUAACCAUUUUAAUAGUCUGCGAUACUCUGUACAAACGCAGAAGACAUCGCAUGUUGCAGAAUGCUGGAGUACCGGGACCCUCACCAUGGCCAAUUUUUGGUAACAUUCAACUCUUUGUGGGCAAUAACUCAGCCACUAUUUUUAGUUUAUUCAAACGUUUAAGUCAAACCUACGGCAAAUUAUAUCGCUUGUGGAUGGUUAAUGACUGUGUGCUGUUCAUACAAGACCCCGAGUUUUUUGAGGCCGUAUUUAAGAGUCAACAAGUUAUUACUAAAAAUGGUGUCUAUUCAGUUUUACAAUGUUGGCUUGGUCAAGGCUUGCUCUUGAGUUCAGGAUCCAAAUGGUUUGCAAGGCGCCGCAUCAUUACUCCAACAUUUCAUUUUACAAUUUUGGAAGAAUUUGUGGAAAUAUUCGAUCAACAAAGUCGCAUUAUGGUUAAGCGUUUAAUGAAGAAGGCCGAUGGUAAAACUGUGGUGAAUCUCUUUCCGGAAGUGUGCUUAACCGCUUUGGAUAUCAUUGCCGAAACCGCAAUGGGUGUAAAGAUCAAUGCCCAGGAACAUCCAGAAUUCCCCUAUGCCAAGGCGGUGACAGACUGUGCCACCAUUAUGGCUGCACGUCUUAUGAAGCCCUUCGAUCGUUUUGAUUGGUAUUUUCGCAUAGUGUCCAAUAAAAGUUAUCGUCACAUGAAUAAAUGCUUAAAGGUAAUGCAUGAUUUCACCGAUAAAGUCAUAGAGGAAAGGCGUGAUGCUUUACAAAAAUCCAUUGAGGAAGGCACCUACCAGCCAGGGACCAAUGCUACCAAUGAGUUUGGUAUUAAGAAACGUUUGGCAUUUCUUGAUGUCCUGCUGCAGUCUACAGUGGAUGGCCAAGCUUUGAGCAAUGAAGAUAUUCGCGAAGAAGUUGAUACCUUUAUGUUUGAGGGCCACGAUACCACCACCAGUGGCAUAUCCCACACCUUGUAUUUGUUGGCACGACAUCCUGAAGUGCAAAAGAAAGUCUUGCAGGAAAUACACGAAGUAAUUGGCAAGGAUAAGGAAACAGCGAUAACAAUGCAACAAUUGCAGGAGCUCAAGUAUUUGGAUUGUGUGGUAAAGGAGAGUUUGCGUUUAUAUCCUCCGGUGCCCAUAAUUGGACGUCUUACAGAACAGGAUAUAGAGCUGAAUGGCAUGACUAUCCCUGCCAACACUAAUUUGUCAUUACUUAUCUAUGCUGCCUGUCGUGACCCUGAUUACUUUUCACAACCUGAUGAUGUUAUACCUGAACGAUUUGACGCGAAUUCUGAAACGGCUGCCAAAAUUAAUCCCUUCGCCUAUGUCCCCUUUAGUGCGGGCUCACGCAACUGUAUUGGCCAAAAAUUUGCCCUUUUGGAAAUGAAAUGCACCAUCAUCAAGAUGAUCAGUUAUUUCGAGUUGUUGCCUUUGGGGGCAGAAGUUAAGCCUGUGAUGAAUUUGAUUCUUCGUUCUGAGACCGGCAUAAAUGUUGGACUAAAGAAACGUGUCUGA